CUUAGUAGGUAUAUUGGGCCAAGAAAAAAGAAGAUACCCAAACAUAGACGAUCUCAUCGUCGUCUCUGCGAGCAUCAAGCAAAACGGCGAUCAUUUCAUUCCGUCCGUAAGUAUCAAGCAGACCUCCAAGGACGGUGAAGACGCGCUACGAUGUCGGAUCCAUUUGCUGGGGCGAAAGGAGGUAGGCUCACCUUCAAGGGAGGAGUCUUGGCCUCCCGCAGCAAGGCCAUUGACAAGAAGAAGAAGAAGAAGAAGAAGAAGAGAGACAAAAGUAGAAGUGACGACAACCCCACGGACGAGACCGAAAUUUUGUCGUCGGCUGAUGCUGUAGAUGGCGGCGACGGAGAAGUGUAUACUAUUGACGCGGCCAAGCGUAUGAAGUACGAGGAGCUCUUCCCCGUGGAGACCAAGAAGUUCGGUUACGAUCCAAAUAACUCCAAUACCAAGUUCAAGUCUGUGGAGGAAGCUCUCGAUGACCGCGUCAAAAAGAAGGCGGAUCGUUACUGUAAAUAAUUAGGUCGCUUCUCUUGCUAUUCUGCUUCAGGCAUUCGCACGAUGGAACUCUGAAGAUUUCAGGGAUUUCUCAUUUCACUCCCCCAAGUAACAGGUUUAGUAACCCCAUGCCUCAGAUUUGUAUUUUUCAUUGUAUUGUAUUGUUAUCUUUUUAAACUCAAAGAUGAAAUUUUAGUAUCAAGGUGACUGUAAAUACUUUUUUGGUUUCUUUAAUCGUGUUCUCUUCUACAGUGUGUCCAAAUAGGCCAAAUUGUCGUACCAGUUAACAUGAGAAGGCGAAUCUUUGGUAGUAUCAAUAUUCUGUAUUAACGUAAAUGGUUAAAGGUUAUUCCAACAAUCCACCCACCCACCAAAUAAUUUAGUAUUGCUUGUAAUAUAAAUUUUCUAGACUUCGACAAAAAUAUUUUAAAUUUCUGAAGUAUGAUUUAUUUUAGUCUU